UCUCUCGUCUCAGAAAAACAAGGAUAAACCUCACUAAUUCUCUCUCUUUCUCACAACUAGCAAAACAGUAUCAACAAUGGAACUCAGUCCAGCAAUCUCUCUAUCAAGAGCUCUCUCUUAUCUCUCUCCAUCAAUUUCACCCUCUCUCCCACCGCCAUUCUCUCUCUCCCACCUCCGCCAACGCCGCUGCAAUCUUAGCAGGACUUUUUGCCUUCCACCAGACGUACAAUUGUCCGCUAGUAAAGAAGAUGAAUAUGAAGAUAAAGAAGAGGAAAUAAUUGGAGGGUCUGUAUUUGAGGAAUAUGAAGAAGAUGAAGACAGCAGUCUUGAUGUUGAAGUACUUGAACGUGAAGCCCAACUUGUGGUUAGAGAAUUUUCUGAGUCUUUGUCCAGACAACUGGUUAUAGAAGAAGAGAGAUCUAGUCCAAAAGACAAGGACAAGAGACGUAAAAAUACCUCAAAAAAUACCCCUGAUCAUCUUCUUCCUAAGGUGGCAAUUGUUGGAAGACCGAACGUUGGUAAAUCAGCACUGUUUAAUCGUCUUGUUGGGGGGAAGAGGGCCAUUGUGGUAGAUGAACCUGGGGUAACAAGGGAUCGCUUGUAUGGUAGAUCAUUUUGGGGAAACCAUGAAUUUAUGGUGGUGGAUACAGGAGGUGUGCUUACUAUUUCGAAAUCACAGACUGAUCUAAUGGAAGAACUAGCUGUCUCAACAACAAUUGGAAUGGAGGGCAUUCCACUUGCUACCAGAGAGGCUGCUGUUGCUAGAAUGCCUACUAUGAUUGAGAAACAAGCUACUGUGGCUGUUGAAGAGUCAUCGGUCAUUAUAUUCCUUGUCGAUGGCCAGGCAGGUCUAAAUGCUGCUGAUGUGGAGAUAGCUGAUUGGUUACGCAAGCACUACUCAGACAAAUGUAUUAUUCUAGCUGUAAACAAGUGUGAAUCUCCACGCAAAGGAAUCUCACAAGCAUCAGAGUUUUGGUCUUUGGGGUUUGACCCCCUUCCAAUAUCUGCUGUAUCUGGAACUGGAACUGGAGAGCUUCUAGAUCUUGUUUGCUCAGGGAUAACGAAAGUUCAGGGGCCAGAAUAUCUUGAAGAAGAAAAUUACGUUCCUGCAAUCGCAAUUGUUGGUCGUCCAAAUGUUGGUAAAAGUAGUAUUUUGAAUGCUUUAGUCGGAGAGGACAGAACAAUAGUUAGUCCGGUUAGUGGAACUACUCGUGAUGCUAUAGAUACAGAAUUCGCUGGACCAGAUGGCCAGAAGUUUCGGCUGAUAGAUACUGCUGGAAUAAGAAAAAAGGCUGCAGUGGCUUCAUCAGGUAGCAAACCAGAGGCUUUAUCUGUAAAUCAAUCAUUUCGUGCAAUUCGUCGGUCAGAUGUUGUGGCUCUUGUUAUUGAGGCUAUGGCUUGCAUCACUGAACAGGAUUGCAAAAUUGCAGAAAGGAUAGAGAGUGAAGGGAAGGGUUGCCUCAUUGUUGUGAACAAGUGGGAUACGAUCCCCAACAAGAACCAAGAAACUACUGUAUUUUAUGAGGAAGAUGUUAGACGGAAGGUUCGUGCUCUGAGUUGGGCACCUAUUGUGUAUUCAACAGCAAUAGCUGGGAACAGUGUUGAAAAAAUCAUUGUUGCUGCUGCUGCGGUGGAAAAAGAGAGAUCAAGAAGAUUGACUACUGCGAUAUUGAAUCAAGUUGUGCGGGAAGCUGUUGCAUUUAAAGCACCUCCUAGGACUAGAGGUGGGAAGAGAGGACGUGUUUAUUAUAGCACUCAGGCUGCUAUUCGACCACCUACAUUUGUCUUCUUCGUUAACGAUGCAAAGCUCUUUUCUGAGACAUACCGUCGUUACAUGGAAAAGCAACUGAGGACAAGUGCAGGAUUUGCAGGCACUCCAAUUCAGCUUUUGUGGCGCAGCAGGAGAAAAAUGGAAAAGAAUGAUGGCAAGGGUCCUUCCACAAAGAUGCAAGAGAACUUCAAAGAUAUAGAGGAGAGUUUGGCAGUUCCAGCAUGAGGUCGCAAUGGAAUUAAUUUCAUGAUGCCUUCGAGAAAUUAAGUGCCUGUAUGAAAAGAUCAUCAAGCUGUUACUUUCAUGACCAUUCUGGAAGAGCUAUCAGAGCUGCCUAGUGAGUAUCACUAUAAUCCACUCUUGAUGGGUAAAACAAAUCUUUAUGAAAGGAAGUGGUACUUAAACUGAGUGGUUGCUUUAUGAGUUGACAAUCAUUGGUGAUAGUAGCAGAUAAUAUGUGCUAGAAGAGCCAAGGGGAAGUGAAUUGAAGCAGUUGCAUGUGAUUCUCCUAAACUUUUGUUUGUUUGUCAACUAAUUACUGAUAGAAAAGAGAGUUGACGAGAAACAUGAGAAACUCUGUAGUGCUCGUUGGUCAUAUUGUAUAAAAUCAAAUAAUUUUAGAUGUGAUUAACAUUUAUAUGAUGUAUAUUGUAGUGCUA